AGAAUAAAUAACUAGUCCGAAUUAGAUUCCCGCAAUAACAAAAAUUGAUAUAUUUGCAUCGAGCAAAUCAAGGACGAAGAUCUCAACCCGCGGUUGUAGAUCUGACACUGGAGAAGAAGUUUGCACUGUUCCUUCAGCUUCGUCACGCAAUGGCCAAUCUCUCCGGUGUGGUCUCCGUUAGAAGGCCAAUCACCCACGUUGUUUUCGACAUGGACGGUCUCUUGCUCGAUACUGAGAAGUUCUAUACAGAAGUCCAGGAAAAGAUACUUGCUAGAUACAACAAAACCUUUGAUUGGACCCUGAAGGCAAAGAUGAUGGGAAAGAAAGCAAUAGAAUCUGCUAGGAUCUUUGUUGAUGAGACUGGAAUUAGUGAUUCUCUUAGUCCUGAGCAGUUUCUGGUAGAAAGAGAGGAUAUGCUGCAGUCGUUGUUUCCCACAAGUGAGCUUAUGCCUGGUGCCAGCCGUUUAGUCAAACAUCUACAUGCAAAAGGAGUUCCAAUUGCUGUGGCAACUGGUUCUCACAGGCGACAUUUUGAAUUGAAAACUCAAAGACAUCAUGAAAUCUUCUCUUUGAUGCAUCAUAUUGUCCUUGGUGAUGACCCAGAAGUUAAACAAGGGAAACCUUCUCCGGAUGGAUUUCUUGCAGCAGCCAAGAGAUUCGAGGGUGGACCAGUUGAUCCUUGUAACGUUCUUGUUUUUGAAGAUGCACCCUCAGGUGUUCUUGCUGCUAAAAAUGCUGGAAUGUCUGUUGUUAUGGUCCCUGAUCCAAGGCUGGACAAAUCAUUUCACGAUGCAGCAGACCAAGUUUUGAAUUCACUGUUGGAUUUCAACCCUAGUGAGUGGGCUUUACCUCCUUUUGAAGAUAAUGCUAGCUAGCUGAACUUAGUUUUCUCUUACUUGCCGUCCAUUUUUACAGCGGACAAAAAGGGCUGCAUUUGUUUUGUACAACUAAAUGACGAGUGAUUAAUCCAUUCUCAUAGAUUAUAGAACCUUUAUGUUAUUGUUCUGGGUGAAUUACUAAAUCAAUAUCGAUUUAUGAGA